AACAUGCUCAAGCCAAAAAUAAAGAGGUAAAAAGAUUUCCCAGUGGUUGUUUCCACUGUCAGUCAUGGUGACAGCAAUGAAGCGCCUGCUCCAACAUGCUGGGCAGACAGACAGACUCACACGCCUGCCCCUUGCCAGAGACCAGCCGGACACCUCUGCCCCCCGGAAGAGGUGCUGGGACACGUCCUGCUGCGGCUGCGGGGAUCUACUACCCAAGAGGCACAGGGCAGCUGAGUUGCCUCCACAGCCACAGGAUCUGCAAACAGUGAGGGGGUUUCUUCACCUUUUGCCUGGCCUGUGGUCUCAUGGCAGCUGCCAAAUGCACUAGGCACUGGUGUCUCCUCCAACGUGCACAGAUGGGCCCUGACCCUGCCCUCCAUUGGUCUGUGGGAGAAACCCCGGACCUUCGCCCCAGCCUUGCCCUCGUGUGGCCCUGGCUGCAUGGGGAGCAGCUUUGGGCUGGACAUCUGCCAUAGCUGCCUGUGGUGCAGGACAAGUUCCUGGUGCAGUGUUUUGCAAGCACCAGGUAAAGGGCUUGAGCAAAAUGGCUUUGCCUUGAACUCUAGCCUUGGAGCUUUCAACGUGAGUUAACCCCUAGAAGAGGAAGCGCAGUGCAGGCUCCCCCAUACUGCCCAGCCACCUGCUCAGCUGUUCUGUUCAGGAGGCUACUGAUUUCCAGCUGCCCUGAGAAGCUGCUGCAGAGCUAGGAACAGAGCUGAGCCAUGCUGAACUUGGGGCCACCUCAGAGCCAGUCUCCAGCAGUGAAAGGGCUACAGCCCAGUGCUGUCAGUGUAGCCAGUCCCCAGCAAUCAGUGCUCUUAAAGCGGGAUACUGGGGCCAAAUGGGUUAAUCCUGGAGGGAUUUUGCAGCUACAGGUAGCUGAUGGGCUCAGGUAGCCUCAGGUUAACCCGCUCUCUGCCCUGGCUUUGCUCUCAAGUCAAGCACAUGGCUUUUACAAACACAUCCCUGGCAGAAAACGACAAGCAUGGCUGUGAGCUGUAUCUGGCUGUCAGGCAUUGCUGUUCUGGGACCCCAGGGAGGAAGCUCCAGAUGUGGGAGUGUGCAAUGGGAACCGGGGAGGGCUCUGCCGUAGGGACGUGCCCAGUGCUGGGUGCCCCCAUGCUAGCUUCUCACAGGUCUGGAGCAGUGCAGGGUGCUGGAGUCUCUGGGAUGCCGACAUCUAGGCGUGUUCCUCUCUUUUAGGAUGAGCCGGUAUUUGCACUCAUGGGUGACUGGAACCUGCUAGGGAGGCUUCUGGAGAGUGCUCAGGAGCACUCCACGGUGGUGAGGAAGGUCUGGCUCACUGUCCUGUUCAUUUUCCGUAUCCUUGUCUUGGGGGCAGCUGCCGAGAAAGUCUGGGAUGAAGAGUCGGGCUUCUCCUGCGGCACCAAGCAGGCAGGCUGCCAGAACGUCUGUUAUGACGAAACCUUCCCCAUCUCCCACAUCUGCUUCUGGGUGCUGCAGAUCAUCUUCGUCUCCACCCCCAGCCUCGUCUACCUGGGCCACAUCCUGCAUCUGGUGUGCAUGGUGGAGGAGCAGCAGUGAGAGGAGAUUUGGGGGGCCCAGCAGGAACCCCUGGUGCAGCAUAAACCUUCCAUCAAAGAUGUUGGUGGCAAAAUCCACCUGCAGGGUGCCAUUCUGAGGACGUAUAUUUGCAACAUUGUCUUUAAGAUGCUCUUUGAGGUGAGCUUCAUUUGGGGCCAGUACGCACUGUAUGGGUUCGAACUAAAGCCCCUCUACACGUGCAAACACUGGCCCUGCCCCAACACGGUCAACUGUUACAUAGCCCAGCCCACCAAGACCAUCUUUAUCCUCUUCAUGACGGGGGUGGCAUGCCUGUCUCUGCUCCUCAACCUGAUAGAAAUGUACCACCUGAGCUUCACCAAGUGCAGGCAGAGGCUGGCAGCCGACCACUGUCGGGCACCCAACUCCAAGGCCAGCUCCAACGCUCCCAGAGAAACAAGCGACCACCACAUUCCCCACUGUCCUGCACCCUACAGCCUUCCCCAUGACGCUGACCCCAGCCUUCCAUUGCAGCCUUACGCCAGCCAAGCUGCUCCCUCAGCAGGCAGGGACAGCUGUGCAGCACGGAGCAGCUGCGAGACAGGCAACCAGGGCCUGGUCAUGGAAGAACUAUUGCAGCAGGGCAGCAGGUCCAGUAAGUCCAGCACUAAGCUUAGACCCAGUGACUUGGCUGUUUAAUGAGGCGGCCCAGCCCUGCACUGGCCCAGGGCUGAUGGGCAGGGGAAGGGGGCUCUUGUACCAAACAAGCACCGUUACCACGAGGCUGCAUCAUGGGGAGCACAGCUCAGCUCAGGAGCCUGUUGUGUUUCCAUGGAUGCCAUGUUGUCCCCACCAUGGAAAUACUGGGCCCAUAAUACAGACACGUGUCCGGGAGUCUGAGGCCUAGGCCAGACGUGCACAACUCAAGCCCUCUCCCCUCGGUGGCUCUGCAGCAGCCUUGUGGCUGUCAGGGGUAGGAGGCAGGGCGUGGGCUGGGAGCCAACGGGGGUAAAUGCUCUAUACUUGAUAGGACGCAGGCAGGGCCUGUAGCUUUUCCUUCCCCAUGUGACACUGGUGUUCCCCCUUUUCUGGGUGGAGAGCCGCCUCCGCCCUCCCCCCAGCCUGACCUCUGCUCCUGGGUAGUAACAGAGCUUAGGAAGGCCCCAGCAGACUAAGAGUAGGUGGCUGCUCAGGGCCAAGAGACCUUCCAGGCCCUAGCAAGGAGAAUGGGAAUGGACAUAGCCUUUGCCACGCACCUGGGUCCCAGCUCGAUGUGUUUUGCAGGCUACUGCUUUAACAGCCUGUCAGGGAAGAUGGUGCUGCUCCGAGCAGGAAGGCCUAGGACCCACUGCCGCUGCAUCCUAGCCACAUGGCUCCCUCCCCAGCCCCACGCCCGAGCCGGGGUGACUCUCAAGCCAUCAACACGUGUGGGAAAGCAAAGACUGCAGCUGUGAUGUUCAGGUGAUGUUGAGGUUUCAGCAGCAGCUACAGCUGUUGGGCUCCUGGCAAGGCUGCACUGGACCUGUAUUUGGGCACCCCUUACUGUGAUGUGACUGAAUUUUCUCUCUUGUGAAAAGUGGAACAAGAUGACAUGAGCUCUGUAAAGAGCAGGCACAUUGUCCCAUAGCCAAGGUACAGGAGAGGGGAAUUCAGUCCUAAGCUGCCUCUCUCUCUGCCCCUGCCCAGGGUAUCUGCGUGCAGGGCCACACUGCAGGGGCAGGAAGGGAACUUCCUGCUGGACAGUCUUUGUGCUCUUCCUGAGAAGGAUCCAGGCCCUUGCUCUGCACUGAAUGGGAGCGGCCCCUCCCUGCAGCCAUCAGGAUUCCUGGGCUUUGCUGUGGGGACAAGGAGAGAAGGAUCCAGGCUUGGGCUACAUUACAAGGAAGCGACCUCUGGAUUGCAGUUCUGUCUCAUCCUCUGGUCGCUUGCCUUAGCCUUGGGACGGGCACGUGGGCAGGGAGAUCAUUGCAGGUUUUACCAUGAUUGCCAAGUGACACAGGGAAGGGACCACCACUGCAGCUGGAACCAAGGCUAGCUGAGGAACCUUCUUCCAAGGCCGACAGCAGCUGGAGAGACGGCGCCUGCAGGCCCCACCAUUCAUUUCAGCCCCCCAGCACUUGAUCAAGUUCAUCUCAUUGCAGGGAGGCUCCGUGAACCUGGACCUAGGGCUGCUUGGCUGUCUCCUGUCCACACUCUCCUCUGGUCCCAUGCAGGACUGGUCAGGUUGGAGAAGGCUGUGUUGCACACAGGGUGUCCCUCACGCCCUCAAGGGCACAGCCUGGCCACUCCCUGCUUAGCUCAUAGGACAUGGAGGCAGGAAGGCCAUCCCUCCAUCCCCCCCUAGUGCAGGCCAGGGCUGCUCCCACCACGGUUCAUAGAUUCUAAUGCCAGAAGUGACAGGCCACCAUGGCCACACAGGUUUAGGUUCUAGCUCAGGCAGAGUUAGCACGUCGACCCAUGCUGGGAAUUACAGCUCCUAGCUGCUGGGUAGGGUGCCCUGGCAGGUGAUCCUACCCUGUCACAGACCCUGGAAUGGAUGGCGGGGGCAAGGAUCAAGCAUAACUCCCUGAUGACUGAGCC